CGUAAGUCACGCUGACACGGGCCCUGCUGCUGUUUCGUGCUCGGAGACAGCGGCGCGUUUAAGGGGGGAAAAAAGAGGUGUAAAAAGCGCAGAUUGGAGCCGAUGCAGCGGGAUUGCAGUGAGAUUUCUAGAGCGAGCCCCAGCCUAAGUCCAGUCCACCUAUCUUGUUCUGCUCCACUCCGGGCCUUCCGCACAUCCCACCGUACUCGUCUCCCGAUUGGCUGCGCGCUGCGGUCACGUGAUGGUGCGGGUCUUGCGGGCGGGGCUUCGCUUGCUGUCCAGUGACGUCACCUGUCUGCUAAAACCACGCGCUUCCUCAGUUUGUGCAAAAGGAGCGCAAUUUUGGAGCAGAGACGCCGCAAAACACAACUUUACUGCGUCCCGGACAGUUUGUAGUGGAGUGAGAAGGUUCUCUGUGAAAAUGCCUGAAAUCACCACAGAUCACUUAGACGAGAAACAGGUGCAGCUUUUGGCGGAAAUGUGCAUCUUAAUCGACGAAAACGACAAAAAGAUCGGAGCCGACACGAAGAAGAACUGUCACCUCAACUCCAACAUCGACAAAGGUUUAUUGCACAGGGCUUUCAGCGUCUUUAUUUUCAACAGUGAAGAAAAGCUGCUCCUACAACAGAGAUCUGACGCCAAAAUCACUUUUCCAGGCUGCUUCACAAACACCUGCUGCAGUCACCCUCUGCACACGGAGUCUGAGCUGGAGGAGUCGGACGCCAUCGGGGUGAGGAGAGCUGCUCAGAGGAGACUGGAGGCAGAGCUGGGCAUCCCCAUGGCACAGGUCCCUCCAGAAGAGAUGACGUACCUCACCAGGAUCCACUAUAAAGCUCAGUCUGACGGAGUUUGGGGAGAACACGAGAUCGACUACAUCCUCUUCAUGCAAAAGGACGUGGAGUUGAACCCAGACCCCAACGAGAUCCAGAGCCACUGUUACGUGAGCAAAGAGGAGCUGAAGGAGCUGCUGCAAAAGGCCAAACAAAACCAAGUCCAGAUCACUCCCUGGUUCAGUCUCAUCGCCGACACUUUUCUGUUCAAAUGGUGGGACAAUCUGCACGACCUCAAGCAGUUUAUGGACCAUGACCACAUCCACCGCAUGUAACCAGAACCAGUACUAUUAAUACAGCUACUACUACACUACUACUACUAUGCCUAUUUCAACUAGUACUGAGGGAAGGGGGCUUUUAGUCUAAAGAGAGUCACUGUUUUUGGACGAAAUCUCCAAACAGAAACCCACAGCUGUUUUAUAACCACGAAGCUCAAAAGUCCCGCUCACUUCGAAGUUGGCUCUGGAUCCAGAAGUAACAUUUCCAUUAAUUUUUCUUACAGACUUCUCAAAAAAAUCAAAUAUUAAGAGUUCAAAAGCAUCACAGAGGAAUGUUUAAAAUCCUAAAUUCUGCAAAAGCUUGUUUAAAAUGCUAAAUUCGGCGAAAUGUUUUAAUAACUUUGCCGUUUAUAAAGUUUCAAGAACAGAUUUUAAGUAAAAAUUAUAGAUCUUGUGGUCAUUAUUAGUAAUUAUUUUGCAGAUAAGCCCUGAGCAAGAGGGCUGGGUAUCAUUAAGAAGUUGCCGAUACGAUACACACCUCGAUUACAGUGCACUUUUGAUUCUAUACGAUAUAUUUCAACUCGAUUUGAUACGGUUCAAUAAAAAAUAAAGGCUAAAUCAUGGCUGUCAUACUAAAAUUGUUUGUUACACACCCAUUUUAAUCAUCAAAACAGUGAAAAUGUCACACGUGUGGCUUGAACGAGUUUCCUUCCUCUGAACAAGUAACAAAACUGUAGCAUUGUAACAAAAUAAUUUAGUAAAAUAAACCAAAAAAUACUGUUGGCGAUGUAUCGAUACAGCAUCCCAUGAUAUCGAUACUGUAUCAUCACAUUAAAUGACACGAUAUAUCGAUUUUUCAAUAUUUUUGUACACCCCUACUAAGCAAGCUUUUAAACUUUUAAUAUAUAUAUUUUUUGGAAAGGCUAUUGGUAAAAUUUAUGGUAAACUGGAAACUUCUGGAACCAGGGGUGUGAGAUCGCUUUUGAACUCCACGUAUUUUUGUUUUGGAUUGAGUUUGUGAUGGUAAAACUCCGCUCUGGUCUCUGAAAAACACUUAUCACAGAACUCAUCACAGAAUUUCCACAUUUUAAGACAGUAAAAAUCAGGUUUUAAUCUGGUAGCAGCCAAUAGUCCUUAAGAUCAUGGUGGGUUGUUUAGUUGAAAUCUCUAAAAUUGACAACAUUAAGCUUAAUUUGAGUUUUUUUGACAGGUUUUUUGGUUAUUAGCCCAAGAUAAUGUGACUAUUAUUGCAAAAGUAUGCAUUCUAAAUUACACAAACGUUACUUACUGCUCCUUUUGGGCAGCGUAACGAAGCAGUAAUAGUUUAUACUCUGGAAAAAGAAAAAGCAUCAGUGUUAAGGACAUGCAUGUAGAGCUAAAAUAAGACAGAAUCGCAAUAUUAGACCUUCACAAAAACUUCUACGCACAACGGCUUUUUGCAUUUUCUGAUCACUGUCGCAAUGUGAAGUUACUAUGAGGACAGGCAACUUUGUGUACGCUCUUGUAUGGUUUAAACAACUGAAUAAAUCUGCUAGGUUUUUAUGAAUAAAGUAUAUAUUUAUACUAUA